AUGCCCCCGCGGAGAGGUCCUCCCUCCCCGGGCAGCGUACCGGGGCGCGGGCUCCUCUUGCUGGUCCUCCUGGUGCUCCUGGAGGGCUCCGUGCUGCAUCUCGGCGCCGCCAGCUCGCCGGAUGUCGGCCACCGAGACAACUCGGACGUCCACGCCGUGGCGCAGGAGAGGCACAACUUCACCAAGAAGUCUUUCCCGGUGCUCAGCUUCGAGUACGAACACAUCCAGGUCCCCUUCGAGAUCUCCUUGUGGGUCCUGCUGGCCUCUUUGAUGAAAUUAGGUUUCCACCUGGUUCCUCGCCUGCCCGGCAUCGUGCCUGAGAGCUGCCUGCUGAUCGUGGUGGGCCUGCUUGUCGGGGGGCUUAUAAAGGUGGCCGGACGGGAGGUCCCACCCGUGCUGGACUCCAACCUGUUCUUCUUCUGCCUGCUCCCGCCCAUCAUCCUGGAUGCCGGCUACUUCCUGCCCAUCCGGCCCUUCAUGGAGAACCUGGGCACCAUCCUCAUGUUCGCCGUGGUGGGGACUCUGUGGAACUCCUUCUUCAUCGGCGGCCUGCUGUACGCCGUGUGCCAAAUCCAGCCCAACAAUCCCUCCAACCUGCACACGCUGGAGCUCCUGCCUUGCUUGCUCUUUGGAUCCAUCGUGUCAGCUGUGGACCCCGUCGCCGUGCUGGCCGUUUUUGAGGAGAUCCACAUCAACGAACUGUUGCACAUUUUGGUGUUUGGGGAAUCGCUGCUCAACGACGCUGUCACUGUGGUCUUGUACCACCUUUUCGAGGAGUACUCGGGCGUGGGCACGGUGACCGUGACGGACGGCGUGCUGGGCAUCAUCUCCUUCCUGGUGGUGGCGCUGGGCGGCAUCUUAGUGGGGGCCAUCUACGGCGUCCUGGCCGCCUUCACCUCGCGCUUCACCUCCCACACGCGUGUCAUCGAGCCACUCUUCGUCUUCGUGUACAGCUACAUGGCAUACUUGUCCGCUGAGAUGUUCCACCUGUCGGGCAUCAUGGCGUUGAUAGCGUGCGGGGCAGUGAUGCGGCCGUACGUGGAGGCCAACAUAUCCCACAAGUCGCACACCACCAUCAAGUACUUUCUGAAGAUGUGGAGCAGCGUGAGCGAGACGCUCAUCUUCAUCUUCCUCGGCGUGGCCACGGUGGACGGCAAGCACAACUGGAACUGGACCUUUGUCACCGUCACCGUCAUCCUGUGCCUGGUGGCGCGGGUCAUAGGUGUGAUCGGGCUGACGUACAUCAUCAACAAGUUCCGCAUCGUCAAGCUGACCACCAAGGACCAGUUCAUUGUGGCCUAUGGCGGCCUGCGAGGCGCCAUCGCUUUCUCGCUCGGCUUCCUGCUGAAAGAGGAACAUUUCCCCUUGAGGAGCAUGUUCCUCACCGCCAUCAUCACCGUCAUCUUCUUCACCGUCUUUGUGCAGGGCAUGACCAUCAAGCCUCUGGUGGACCUGCUGGCGGUGAAGAAGAAGCAGGAGGCCAAGCGCUCCAUUAAUGAGGAGAUCCACACUCAGUUCCUUGACCACCUCCUGACUGGCAUUGAGGACAUCUGUGGGCACUAUGGACAUCACCACUGGAAGGACAAACUGAACCGCUUCAACAAGAAGUACGUGAAGAAGUGCCUGAUUGCAGGCGAGCGCUCCAAGGAGCCGCAGCUCAUCGCUUUCUACCACAAGCUGGAGUUUAAGCACGCCAUCGAGCUGGUGGAAAGCGGAGGCGGAGUCAAGCUGCCCUCGGCCGUACCUUCCACGGUUUCCAUGCAAAACAUCCAACCCAAGAAGCCGCAGCCCACCAAACCUACAGACAGAGUUCUGCCUCGGCUGUCCAAGGGUCGUGAGGAGGAGAUCCGCAAAAUCCUCAGGGGCAACCUUCAGAGGACACGGCAGCGGCUGCGCUCCUACAACCGCCACACCCUGGUGGCCGACCCUUACGAGGACAACUUUGGCGACCUCCUGCUCAAGAAGGAGAAGAUUAUCGCAUUGGAGAAGAAGCUACAGGACAUGAAUACCUACCUGACCGUGCCCAACCCUCUUCCCGACUCUCCCACCAUGAGCAGAGCCAGGCUGGCCUCAGGCAGAGAACAUGAUUUCAAACCUGCUGAGAAGAAGCAGCAGCAGCAGAAAGGGGACACAGUCUGUCCAGACCCUCAAGCCUACAGCGUGAAGCCCACCCUGGACAGCGUCCCCGUCAUCCAGGUGGAUUUGGCCUCCCCCCAGUCGCCUGACUCUGUCACCAUGAUGGACGAGCUGCAGCGGGGCGGCCAGCAGGGGGCGCAGGAGAAGGAGGAGGAGGAGGAGGACCGGGGACUUAUGAUGAAACCACCCGACGAGUCCCACAAGGCGGGCCAAGCGGACAGCAACUCCAGAGAGAAGCUGAUGAGGUGCCUGAGCGACCCGGGUCCACAUGCGGAUGAGGACCAAGACGAGGACGAGCCCUUCCUGCCUUAAGCGCGUGCAGAGAGGUGCGUGUGCGGAGGACGCCGCUUUAAAAGGGCAGAUGCUACGAUAAGCCUAAACCAGGGGUGUCCAAACUACGGCCCGCGGGUCACGUGCGGCCCACCGGCGUCUUCAUUUUGGCCGGCGGAGUGUUUUCAGUCUAAUUACAGAUAUCUGAUUGGUGGAAAUUGUGCUUUGACGUGAAAACAGCGCAUUUAUUUAUAUGACCCAAUCCAAACAACCUUCCCUAGUCACGGCGCCAAAAAAAUAAAAAAAUGCAACCAACACAAAAAGCCAACACACAUAAAACAACCUGCUCACUGAACUUUGUGGAUAUUAUGGAAAAAUGUCCAAGCGCCAUAAAAACAUUCAAAAUUACACCCAUUUAAAUUCAUCACAAUGCAUGAUGGGAAACAGGCAAACACUCUCUCCACAUGUUUGGUGCAUUUUAGCUGCUUGAUAUUUAUGAUUGAUUACCAAACUUUAAGAAGAGAACAAGGUAGAAGUGAAGUGAAUUAUAUUUAUAAAGCGCUUUUCUCUAGUGACUCAAAGCGCUUUACAUAGUGAAAACCCAAUAUCUAAGUUACAUUUAAACCAGUGAGUCCAUAUAU